GGGGUUUGUUUUCAAUUUCUAGACUCUUCCUGCUCUCACUAAUUUACUCCCAUUUUUUAAGUACAGGUUUGCACUAUAUAGAGUCAUGGACUCUAGUUUACAGUUGCAUUAUUACUUGCUUUCCCCUCGUUUCAACACAAUUUCAUUGUAAAACCGCUUAGGCACGACAUGUGGUUCGUUCGUUUCUAGUCUUGUCAGUGCUAUGGUUCAUGCUUUACUUGAUUGAGCUUUCUGGGUUCCCUCAACUUUUAUAGCCUUUUUCCAUUUUCUUCGACAUUUUCGUGUGUUUUUUGAGAGUUUGGGAUCUGGGUUUUUCGCAGAUUUGGGUUUGGUGGCACUUUGAGAUAACCUUUUCAGUGUGAGAGAGAGUAGAGAGAGAGAGCCAUGGCAGGAGGAGGAGGUCCGGCAAAGUCAGAUGCUGAUCCAGCGCCACACCCAGCGAAGGAUCAACUCCCCAAUGUUUCCUACUGCAUUACUAGCCCUCCCCGGUGGCCCGAUGCUAUCCUCCUUGGGUUUGAACAUUAUCUGGUGAUGCUAGGCACGACAGUUAUCAUUCCCACUGCUCUUGUUCCUCAAAUGGGGGGAGGGAAUGAGGAGAAAGCAAAGGUGAUCCAGACCCUACUCUUUGUUGCUGGAUUGAACACAUUAUUGCAAACUACUUUCGGGACUAGAUUGCCUGCUGUGAUGGGAGGGUCAUAUACGUUUGUUGCAGCCACAAUUUCAAUUAUCCUCUCUGGUCGAUUCAAUGAUCAGGAUCCUAUCGAGAGAUUCAAAAGGACAAUGCGGGCAAUCCAAGGUGCACUUAUUGUUGCUUCAACUCUUCAGAUAGUCCUGGGUUUCAGCGGCCUUUGGCGUAAUGUCACAAGGUUCUUGAGUCCACUCUCAGCUGUUCCUUUGGUUGCUCUUGCUGGUUUUGGGCUUUAUGAGUUUGGUUUUCCUGGGGUGGCAAAGUGCAUUGAAAUUGGGCUGCCUGAACUCAUCAUUUUAGUCUUCAUCUCACAGUAUCUAGCCCAUGUGAUAAAGAGAGGAAAAGAUAUCUUUGAACGUUUUGCAGUAAUAUUUUCGGUUGCAAUCGUAUGGAUUUACGCUCACUUACUCACUGUGGGAGGGGCCUAUAAUGGUAAAGCACCACAAACACAACUGAGCUGCCGUACUGAUCGUGCUGGACUUAUUGAUGGUGCUCCUUGGAUAAGAGUUCCUUAUCCGUUUCAGUGGGGAGCGCCUUCUUUUGAUGCUGGUGAAGCCUUUGCCAUGAUGGUUACUACAUUUGUUGCUCUCGUAGAGUCCACUGGCGGCUUUAUUGCUGUUUCGAGAUAUGCAAGUGCAACUCCUGUGCCUCCUUCUGUUCUCAGCCGAGGUGUUGGUUGGCAGGGAAUUGGCAUUUUGCUGUCUGGGUUGUUUGGAACGGUCACUGGAACCUCAGUAUCUAUUGAAAAUGCUGGUCUCCUAGCUUUGACCCGUGUUGGCAGUAGAAGGGUAGUGCAAAUAUCUGCUGGGUUCAUGAUUUUCUUUUCCAUUCUUGGGAAAUUUGGAGCAGUCUUUGCCUCGAUUCCAGCACCAAUUGUAGCUGCUUUGUAUUGCCUUUUCUUUGGUUAUGUGGGUUCAGUCGGUUUAAGUUUCCUCCAGUUCUGCAAUCUCAACAGCUUCCGAGUCAAAUUCAUUUUGGGCUACUCUAUCUUUUUGGGCUUCUCUAUACCCCAGUACUUCAAUGAGUACACCGCAAUCAAAGGAUUUGGCCCCGUUCACACAGGAGGAAGAUGGUUCAACGACAUGGUUAAUGUUCCUUUCUCAUCCGAAGCAUUUGUUGCGGGCAUAGUUGCAUAUUUCUUGGACAACACACUACACAAGAAGGACAGUGCAAUAAGGAAAGAUAGGGGUAAGCAUUGGUGGGACAAAUUCCGGUCAUUCAAGACCGAUACAAGAAGUGAGGAGUUCUAUUCCCUACCCUUCAAUCUCAACAAAUAUUUCCCAUCUGUUUAACCGUGUCACCAAGGUAUAAAGUGGUCUUCGGAAAUAUUGCUCUCUCAAGCGAUCCUUGUCUGAUCUAAUCACGUGCUAAAGCAGUAUAAAUUAGUGUUCCUUUUACAGUAUCUAUUAGGACAUUUGUUAAUUUGUUUUGUUGUUGUAAUUCCAGUUGCUGAUAAAGACUUUAAAGUAGCAAUGAAACACAAGUUUUGCUUA